AUGGGGAUUAAGAUCAAGGAGUUUGGUGUUGGUGCUUUGGUGGUUUUGUUGGUUUUCAAUGGAGUUGGAGUUUUUGGAGAUGAGAAGAAUGGUGUUUUGGGACGUAAGGGAGGGGGUGGUGGUGUUGGGAGAGGAUUAAGUGGUGGAGGUGGUGGAUUUGGGGGAGGUUCGGGUGGUGGUGGAGGAGGUGAAGGUCUAGGAGGUGGUGUAUUUGGCGGAUUCAGUGGAUUUGGUGGAGGAUUUGGACAGGGAGGUGGUUUUGGUCCUUUUGUAGGUGGUGGAGGCUCGGGUGGAGGAUAUGGAUUUGGCCAAGGAGGAGGUUUUGGAGCUGGCGGUGGAGGAGGAGGUGGCGGUGGAGGCGGAGGUGGAGGGGGAGGCUCGGGUUCAGGAUUCGGAUUCGGACAAGGAGGUGGUUUUGGAGCUGGCGGAGGCGGAGGAGGAGGUGGAGGUGGAGGUGGUGGCGGGGGUGGAGGCUUUGGUGGCUUUGGAGGAGCCUCUGGUGGUCACUUGUAG